UUUUUGCAUCCGUACACCCGCUUACCUCAGCUACAACCUUCCGGAGUAAAAUAAAAGACAUUCGUGUGUUUAAAUAAAUAAACAACGUUCAUUUAGCUGUUGACAGUUGUUUUAGACAUUUCGACGCAUGCGCACUGACGCUCUGUGAAAUUCCCUGUUCGCCGUGCUAAUCGUUUACCGGUAGUUAAUCUCCGUGCGUACCGGAGCCGGUUAUGGCGUCUGUGAGUCGUGAGGGACCAUGAGGUGUCCGUAUUCAUCGUUAUUUCGGUAUUGGAGUGUGUAAAAAAAGACUAUGACCAUGGCUGGGGUGUUUGAUAUCGACCUGGACCCGCCGGAGGACAACGUGUCAGACGAGGAGCUCGCCGACGGGGUCAAGAGUAAUGAAUGCAUGGACCAGUGCAGUGGCUUUGAAUUUAUGGAAGAUUGCGAGAAGUUCGAAAUCUCAGAGAACAGUGUGAAUCAAGGCACGGAACAGAUUCGUCCGGAAUGUUUUGAGUUACUUCGUGUUUUGGGUAAAGGAGGAUAUGGAAAGGUUUUUCAAGUUCGCAAGGUAACUGGUGCAGAUUCUGGGAAGAUAUUUGCCAUGAAGGUCUUGAAAAAGGCCAUGAUCGUUCGCAAUGCAAAGGACACUGCUCAUACUAAAGCAGAAAGGAGCAUCCUAGAGGAAGUUAAGCAUCCCUUUAUUGUGGACCUCAUAUAUGCCUUUCAGACAGGAGGCAAACUUUACCUCAUCCUGGAGUACCUUAGCGGUGGAGAGCUGUUCAUGCAGCUGGAGAGGGAGGGGAUCUUCUUGGAGGACACAGCCUGCUUUUACCUGGCAGAGAUUUCCAUGGCCUUGGGUCACCUUCAUCAGAAAGGCAUUAUCUACAGAGAUCUAAAGCCAGAGAACAUCAUGCUCAAUAACAAUGGUCAUGUGAAGUUGACAGACUUCGGACUCUGUAAGGAGUCGAUCCAUGACGGUACCGUCACACACACCUUCUGUGGAACCAUAGAGUACAUGGCACCAGAAAUCCUCAUGAGAAGCGGCCAUAACCGAGCUGUGGACUGGUGGAGUCUGGGAGCCCUGAUGUAUGACAUGCUAACAGGAGCUCCGCCAUUCACCGCAGAGAAUCGGAAGAAAACCAUCGACAAAAUCCUAAAGUGCAAACUGAGCCUUCCACCUUACCUCACCCAAGAAGCACGAGACCUUCUGAAAAAGCUGCUGAGAAGAAACGCAUCAACGAGGAUGGGAGCAGGUCCUAGAGAUUUUGUAGAUGUCCAGAACCACUCCUUCUUCAGACACAUGAACUGGGAUGAUCUGCUGGCUUUUAAAGUUGAACCUCCCUUUAAGCCUAUUUUGCGAUCCGCAGAUGAUGUUAGCCAGUUCGACUCCAAGUUCACUAGUCAGACUCCCGUGGACAGUCCGGAUGAUUCGACACUCAGCGAAAGCGCCAAUCAAGUCUUCCUGGGCUUUACGUACAUCGCUCCAUCUGUGCUCGAAAACAUCAACGAGAAGUUCACUUUUGAGCCAAAAUCCCGUUCACCUCGCAAGCUUCUGGGAAGCCCAAGAACACCAGUGAGCCCUGUGAAGGGUGAAGACGGUUGGUCUCGGGGUCCACCCUUCCCAGAAGUGCCCACAACCACCUCCUCUCUCCUGCCGCCCACUGAUACGCCCAUGGAGGUGUCUAAUUUGGAGCAGACGGACCUUAGCAGCAACAUGGAGGUGUCAGCCCCUCUCCCCAUCAAAAAACCACUGUCCUCCAACACAGGGUCCUUUGUGAAACCGGCUCACCCAGCGGGCGGCAGGAGACCCAAGCAUUUGAGGAUGAAGCAUUGAUGAAUGUCUUAAGUUUUGUACUUUAGGAAUUUCUCAAAUUACCCAAAAGGCCUUUCUGCACCCAGUUUCUGUCUCUUAAACACUUGCCGCAUCAGUGUACAUCAUGCAAGCAUGCAGAGCUUGUCCAGAACAAAGCCUGUGACCUUGCUUGCACUAUGGUGAGGUGGUCUGCUGCUUGCUAGGAAAAAGAGAGACCACCUUGCACUUCAGGUGACUCAGCAUGAAUUUUACAGUUUAUCUUUUAUAUGCCAUGCUCAUGCAAAACGUGAGGGAGAAUACAUAGUAUCUUCUGUUGUAUAUUUGAAGUUUGGUCUGAAAUACUGAGUUUGAGCCGCUUGUUAUUGUGUCUUGCUUGGGAUAGCUCUUAACUAGUAACAGUAUUUAAAUGGAUAGUUCACCCUUGUGUCAUUCCAAACUUGCUUGCUUUCUUUUGUGGAACCCAAAUAAGAUUUUCUCAGUGUUUUGUUGUUUUAAACCAGCGGACUAUCAUUAUAUGGACAAAAACAUUGAAUCAUGCUUUAAAAAGUCUUCUUUUUGUGUUUCACAGAAGAAUAGAAAGUUAUACAUGUUUGAAAUGACAUGAGACAAUUUUGACAGAAUUUUAAAUGUUGGGUGAAUUGUCUUUUUAAAAUGGAGAGAGAUGAUCCGGGUCUGCAUUCUUGAGGAAUCUGUCUGAUUUGCGAUGUUUUUGAUUCUUAGUUCAUCAAUAGUUGCUAGGACCCCUAGAAUCAUAGGACAUGGAGAUCCGCAGCCGUGCAGCCGUGUUAGCGUAACCUACCAACCAUAAACUAUGAAGUAAAAAUAUAAGCUGAUUUUCUUUUUCUUUUUUUUUU